CUUUUCUCUCUUUGAAAAGAGCUUCGACACUGUGAGUGAUUAGCGACGUGCCCCAGAUUUCUCCAACGGGAAAAGGAAAAUGGCGCCCAGGAAGCCGCCGACGACGACGGGGCGCACCCGCAACGGGGCCGGCGGCAAAAGGCGGCCCGAGAACGACAUCGCCUCGGGCGGGAAGCGGCAGAAGACAGGGUCGACAACCGCUUCUCCGCUGAUCCAGGCCCAAGCUGCCCCGGUUGCGCCGCCACCGGCAGCCGGGCCUCAACGAGCGACCCAGCGGCCCCAGAGCGCAGCACAAGCACGCAUCCUCACCACAAGACCAACCCAGCCCCUGAACAUCUACGUUAUGGGCGCCAACAGCGGCGGCGAACUCGGCCUUGGACCUUCGGUCAAGUCGGGAAACGUCGGCAGACCGCGCUUGAACCCGUACCUCUCCGGCCCCGCCGGCGUUGUUCAGGUCUCCCUCGGCGCCAUGCAUGGUGUCGCUCUGACCCUCGACAACCGGAUACUGACCUGGGGCGUCAACGACCAUGGCGCACUGGGCCGAGACACGGCCUGGGAAGGGAAUAUGGUGGACGCCGACGCCGAGGAGAGCGACAGCGAUGACGAGGGCGAGCUCAACCCGAAAGAGUCCACACCAACGCCCGUCGACAUGGGUGAUGUCCCUCCCGGCACCGUCUUCACUCAAGUGGCCGCCACGGACAAUGCCACGUUUGUUUUGACCAGCACUGGUCGCGUCUAUGGCUGGGGUACAUUCCGGUCAGAGGACGGGAAACUCUCCUUUUCGCCCGCCGUCAAGGUGCAGCGCAGGCCAGCUCUCAUCCUUCUUGUCCAGGAUGUCGUCAAAAUCUGCUGUGGCAGCAACCACGUCAUGGCCCUCACAGCCGACGGUUAUGUGUACACGUGGGGCAGAGGCACCGACGGACAGCUCGGCCGCCGCUUCUCGUCCAGGGUUGUGGAUUGGAACAAGGAAGGCUUGAUUCCACGCAAAGUUGCCGGUCUGAAGAACAUCGUCGAGAUCGGAUCCGGCUCGAAUCAUUCUUUCGCCGUUGACCGCGCCGGCUCGGUCUACGGCUGGGGCUUCAACAACGCCGGUCAGAUUGGCGUCGUGGACGACGCCGGCGAGUACGAGUCGGCAUACGAUUUCGCUCUCACCGUGUCUGUCCCGAGUCUCGUCAAGAGUUUAGAGGGCUUACCGCGCAUCAUCCAGAUCACCGGCGGCAACUUCCACAGCCUCGCAGUUACGGCGGAUGGAACAUGUCUCGCCUGGGGCCGCCUCUACUCCUUUGCCACCGGUCUAAAGAUCGACGACUUGCCCUCCCAAUUCGUGGUCCGCGACUCGCGAGGCAAGCCCAGCUUCCUCCGGGUGCCGACGGCUGUCCCCGGGUUGUCGCCCGCGUUCGUCGCGGCGGCGAGCGAGCACAGCCUGGCUGUCACAACCGACGAGAAGGUCUACACCUGGGGCCUCAAUUUGACCAAGCAGAUCGGCCACAAGGAGGAGGAAGUCGAGCUUGCAACACAUCUCAACCACCCGGAUAUUGCGGACAAACGGUUUGUGUGGGCGGGCGCGGGUGCGCAAUAUAGCAUGAUUGGGGAGGCUGCUGCUCCCAACUAGGAUUACCCAGAAUUUUUGCACCUGCGACAAAGGAUAGCCAGGGUUCUUGGAGGGGAAUGCUGGAAAGAUUGAGGGGGGUUAGGGGAAAGUAUUAUGGUGCCAAACAACAAAAAGAGAAAAAGGAAAUCAUUGAGAGAAAAAAAAAAAAGAAGAAGG